AGCUUCAAGCAUCUUAGCCGUCGAGCCUUCUCCAAAGAUGGUAAAGGCUUUGCGCUGAGAGGCAAAGGCAGGGAGCAAGCGAUGGCAUACCUAAAGAAGUGUAACGACAUGGUCAUGCUAUUGUUUAGCAGUAUUCAUGUGUCUAGCGGGAUGCCUGCAAGAGGAGAAGAGCUCCGCGUUAUGCGCUGGGCGGACACUGCCGCAGUGCAACGCAACAUCUUCAUCUGCCAGGGUCGGAUCUUGCUAAUCUUCUCAUAUAACAAAGCCAGCCAGAACUCAAACAAUUCAUUCUUCGUUGUUCGAGUUCCCUGCGCGCUGGUAGAGAAGUGUCUUUUCCUGCACCUUGCAUACAUCAGGCCAUUCAACGAUUUUCUC